AUGAAUUGGUGGCAAACGUCAUCCGCUCCUUCUUCCUCCCGGAGUCAUUCGUCUAGAAAGAGCUUCGUUAACAAUAACAACGACGCUCCAGCUCCACCACUCGCCGCUCAUGGCCGUCGUGUUAGUAACGGAACUCUACAGCUUAAUCGCCUCGGCCUCGGCUGGAAGUUACGAAAUUUCACCGACGACGACAACGACGUCGGCCAGACCUCCACCGUCAGGGCGCAUCCGCUACCUCUCCCUGACUUUGCUGUUCUGCUCAAACGCGAUUCCAACCUGGAAGGUUUUUCCGAUCAGACAUCGAAGUACAUUCUGCCAUUGCCUGAGGCAAUUACGAGAUCCGGUGAAAACAGAUUAAUUUCACACGGUAUUCGCGUAGAUUGGCAAGGAUCUCGAAGUCCAGCAAUCGGCCCACCAACAACCACGACGGAGACACCGGAUCUAGGUGUGGUAAAUCCAGUUCACCCCUUACCUCUUCCUCCCGGAGUUGUCAUUCAUCCACCUUCUUCUUCCCCGCGUUGUAAACCUGAUUCAGUAUCAAGGAAUUUACAGACACAAAAUCAAUGGCGAAAGGGGAAGCUUAUAGGUCGUGGGACAUUUGGAAGUGUUUAUGUUGGUUCUAAUAGAGAGACUGGAGCUUUAUGUGCAAUGAAAGAAGUUGAAUUAUAUCCAGAUGACCCGAAAUCUGCAGAGUGUAUAAAGCAAUUAGAGCAGGAAAUUAAUGUACUAAGCAAGCUUAAGCAUCCAAACAUUGUUCAAUAUUAUGGUAGCGAAAUAGUUGAUGAUAAGUUUUACAUUUACCUGGAGUAUAUUCAUCCUGGUUCAAUUAAUAAGUAUGCACGCGAUCAUUGUGGGGGAAUGACGGAAUCUAUUGUACGCAAUUUUACGCGUCAUAUUGUCUCAGGACUCGCCUAUUUGCAUAGCACCAAGACCAUUCAUCGGGAUAUCAAAGGAGCUAAUUUACUUGUUGAUGUAAAUGGGGUCGUCAAGCUUGCUGAUUUUGGGAUGGCUAAACACCUUAAUGUACAAGCUAGCCAUCUAUCUCUAAAAGGAAGUCCUUAUUGGAUGGCCCCUGAGCUCUUACAAUAUGGGACACAAAAAGAUAAUGAUCCAGAUCUUGCUCUGGCCAUCGAUAUAUGGAGUUUAGGUUGUACAAUUAUCGAAAUGAUUAAUGGAAAACCUCCUUGGAGCGAAUAUGAAGGGCCUGCAGCAAUGUUUAAGGUUAUUAAGGAGACUCCACCAUUACCUGAAACAAUGUCACCUGAAGGCAAAGAUUUCUUACGUUGUUGCUUUAUUAGGAACCCUGCAGAAAGGCCGAAAGCUACCACCUUACUUCAACAUAGGUUCUUGAGCUCAAACCAGUAUAAAACAGAAGAUCAAAGAGAGGUUUGGUCAUAA